GUUUCGAACAGAUAUCGGCGACGGCGGCUACGAUGGAUGCAAAGUACGUGCCCGCGUACCUGCGGGAUUACAUGUACCAUGCGCAAGAUGACUUUUGGAUAUCGAGUUGCUUUGACCCGAUCUUCAUUGCGCACAUCAUGCACAACGGUUUCCUUCCCAUUGCCACGGAAUCGCAAGGGGUCGUGUACCUGUUGCCCAAGUUGCACGAGCAGCGAUGCGUGAUUGACCCCCAAGACUUGCACGUUCCAAAGCAGAUUCGAAAGAAGGCCAAUGCGUAUCGCUUGACCGUGAACCAAGCGUUCGACCAAGUUGUGCAGGGAUGCCACGACCAGCACGGCGUGGCUUGGUUGUACCCUCCCGUGGUGUCGUCCUUUCGCCAGCUAGUCGACGGAGUGUCCGUCAACGGGACCGACGUCAAGCUGUACAGCAUUGAGCUGUGGAAGGGUACCACGUUGGUGGCCGGCGAACUCGGGUAUUGCAACGGCGCUAUGUUCACAAGUCUCACAGGGUUCUACGCGACCGGGUCAAAAGGCGCGGGGACAAUGCAGCUGUACGCGCUCGGUGCGCUGCUCCACGCCUCUGGCUUUCAACUUUGGGACUUGGGCAUGUCCAUUGACUACAAGCUUAAAUUGGGCGCCAAGGACAUUCCACGCGACGAGUUUGUCAAGCACGUGCACGCGUUGCGUUCGGCUCGGGUGUCACUGAUUGUCGACGAGCAAAAUGCAAGAGCUAUUUUAGAUCGCCAUGCCGCAUUAAGCUAAACAAUUGCAUGAACAGGUUGACUGUGAAAUACACUGUCCAUGAGAUUCAGAGCUGAAGUCGAC